AUGUCAGAAACAGAGGUUCUAACAACCAACCAACAUCUCCCAAGCACAUUUGGGUUGUGGAGUGGCAUCAGCGUCGGCUGGCUCACUGUCAACGCCUUUGGAGGACUGUCGUUCAUCUUCAUCGCUUCAUCGGCAUGUGUGUUGUGCAUCAUGCUUGUCUUCUCGCAAUGCGCAGCUAGGUUUUCUACAGCAGGUGGCGCCUAUCAUUAUGCCGCAUUCUUGCUCCCCGAUCAAUACAAACGCUCAGUCUCAUAUCCUCUCGGCUGGCUCAACUAUUUUGGGUGGAUUUUAACCCACGCCGCCUGUUGCUCUAUAGUAGCCACUGCCCUUCUAGCUUUGAUUAAUCUCUGCAACCCGAGCUUCGCAGUCGACACCCGUUGGCAGCUUUUUCUAGCAUAUGUUGCAGUUGCCUGGAUCUGCUGGUUGGUGAAUCUGUUCGGGCUCAAGGGUAUUCCCACGCUCGAGAUCCUAGGCUGCUGGGUUACUGCCCUCGGUUUCGUUGGAUUCAGUGUCGCAUUGCUUGUCAAGGCCCCAAAGGCAUCUGCAGAGUUUGUGUUCGUGGAAGUGAAUAACCAAACAGGAUAUUCAUCCACUGCGUUUGCUGUUGUGCUGGGCUUGAUGAACUCGUUCGCAACCCUCAUGGGACUUGAUAGCCCCACACAUUUGGCGGAAGAGCUCCCUCAGCCUAAGAGAACGCUGCCUCGAAUUCUCAUCGUGGUUAUUCUGAGUCAAUUUGUCGUUGGAGUUGUUUGGAUUCUUGUCCUGGGAUUUUCCAUAACAGACUUGGAUGCUAUUCUUGCCACCUCAACUGGAGUUCCAAUCGUCGAACUUAUCAGACUUGGGACUGAUAGCCAAGCGGCAGCCAUUGUAUUCACGCUAAUCCUAAUGAUUAACAACGGUACUUCUGCUCUUGGCAGCGCCAUCACUAUGAGCCGACAGGGCUUUGCAUUUGCCCGAGACGAGGGGUUAUUUUGGAAUGACAAAUUAACGGCAAUUUCCCCAAAAACUGGCUUGCCUGUUUGGUCAAUUACAUUCCCUUCAAUUGUUACCCUUCUUAUCGGUCUAGUUUUCUUGUUUUCGAACCAAGCAUUCAAUGCGAUUAUUGGCGCCCAGGCGAUCUGCCAAAUCAUCAGCUUCGGUUUCCCUGCUUUUAUCUUGCUGGUCACCAAAUCAUCUAAGUUGCCCGCUGCGAAGUCAUGGAAUUACGGCAUCUGGUCGACUCCCAUUUACGCGAUUGUUUGCGUCUAUGCUGCCUUGGUUACGGUUGUCGCUUUCAUUCCCCAAUCAUCUCCAGUCACAGCUUCGAAUAUGAAUUACGCAGUUUUGAUCAUGGGAAUCUUUGCCAUGGCGAUGGCUGGUACCUGGCACCUUGUGGGCCGUCACAGAUUCUCGCCUCCGCUCCUUACCGAGACGUUUGAAGAAAGCGAUGUGAUCCAGGGCGUAAUCGAUGACGUGGCAUCAAAGGAGGGCUCGCUGAAAAAGACAGCCGCUUCAAGCGCUGACCCUGUUGUAGUCUAA